UCCCGCCCUGCCUUCGCCGUACCGCCGUUCGUUUCCUCAUUCGGGUAUCCUAGAAGGAUUUAUUCAUUCGCAUUUUCUCACCUACAUAUCCGGGCUGUGAAGUAAACGAAGGGACCCGAAAGCGAGAGAAUAGCUGCUGGGCCAGCGACGGAUUGACGAGUAGCGGGAGGUCUGGAAGCGGGCGGUGAAAGCCUCAAGUCAAUCAUCCUUCGCAUCUUGAGGUUGAAUUGUACUUGUAAAUCCGUGGUGAAUCCAUGCAGGGGUUCGAACGGGUAGCAUCUACAAAACCCUGAUCCUGCCAGAGAUGGCAGUCCGACUCACAUCGAUCCUUCACCUAAUAAUAGGAGCUUGCAGCUUCGCCUCUGCUCUAGAACGCCGCAAUGAUCACUACGUCAAGCUACCUGUCGUGCACUCCACGAACAGAAAGGUAUUCUCUGAUUUUGGGGAUAAGCGAGCGAUAACCACUGUGUCACUCGCCAACCGAUCCGACGUAGCAUACUAUGCACAAUUGGAUAUCGGCACACCUGCGCAACAAGUCUAUGUACAAUUAGAUACAGGCUCGUUCGAACUGUGGGUGAAUCCGGACUGUUCCGAUCUUCAAGGCUCGGCGGAUAUUAGAUUUUGCCGAGCAAUAGGACACUAUGAGCCAACAGACUCUUCCAGUGCUAUUCAAUUGGAGACUACGAAAACAUUGAGGUAUGGUAUUGGCAGUGCAGACAUACAAUAUGUCACCGAUGAUAUUGGCCUUACGGGCACGAACUCGAAGCUGAAAGGAGUCCAGUUCGGCGUCGCAACGCAAACUGAUGAUGAGUUCGCUGGUAUCUUGGGGAUAGGUCAUGGGGUGAAUGUGACUAUCCGCUAUAAGAACUUUAUAGAUGAGUUGGAGAGCCAGGGAGUGACGGAGACGAAAGCGUUUAGCUUAGCCCUCGGUAGUAAGGAUGAGCAAGAGGGUGUUGUUAUCUUCGGCGGACUGGAUACUGGCAAAUUUUCUGGUAACCUUACGACGUUACCCAUCAUCCCCGCGCAGGAGUCCCCCGACGGCGUUCCAAGAUAUUGGAUAAACAUGACGUCCUUGAGUCUUACUCCUCCGAGUGGCAAGACGAAACAGUACGAGAACACGACGAUGGCCGUUUUCUUGGACAGUGGCGCGACGCUCACAUUACUACCGACGAACCUAGCGAAUUCGAUCGCGGCGGACUUCGGUGCCGAAGCUACGGAUGCUAACGGAUUUUACCCGGUCAAUUGUUCUCUCAACGACUUACCGGGUACUCUUAACUUCGCCUUCAAUGGUCUGAUGAUACGGGUUCCGUACAAUGAGCUAGUCCGGGAACUACAGACAAGUUUCGGUGUGCAAUGUUUCUUGGGUAUUAGCCCCAGUGACGAUUUUCUUCUCCUUGGCGACACUAUGUUGCGAUCUGCCUAUGCUGUUUUCGACCAGACUAACAACGCCAUUCACCUCGCCCAGUACGUAAAUUGUGGCACAAACGAGAUAGAAGUCACCGAUCAGAUGAAUAUGGCGAAUAUUAAAGGAGACUGCGCUCCUCCCUCAGUGAAGGGCGAGUCGGCCACUACGGCAAGCACGAGUAGUGCUCCCGUCGCAACUAAGACUGCGGCUGGAACAGCAAAGGUUACUCCAUCUGCCGCGAGUACGACUACUACGGCGGGAGCGGGAGGGUCGACAGUGGCCGAUUCGUCAAGUUCCCAAGAACGGGUUGAAUGGUGGAUGGGGUUGAUCAUGAUUGCAUUCUGGGUUACCAUAGCGUGAUUUUUAUUAGAGAGCGAUAUUAUUAAAUUCAAAAUAGAAGCGACAUUUUAAAUGAAAUUAUCGAAUAGGUAUCUACCGACUCGUA